CCGGGCCAGAGCUACGCGGAAGGAGGCGGGGGUGGGGCGGACCCCAGGACCCCUCCCCCGUACCCCCCUCCUUUCCAGGAUCAGCCCGGGUCCUGAUCCCGGUCCUGAUCGCGGAACAGGAGCUUUUUGUGUUCCCAGGCCUGGCUGAGCGCGGAAGGCGGCGCGGGGAGGGGGCUCCCUGGGCCCCCCUCGCCCCUAUCCAGCGGGCCCGCUCCGGGGGAGGGGUGCCCGGACAAAAGGAGCUGGCGCCUUUAAGGCGGGGAGCCCGGGAACCCGCGGGGAGGGGACUUCUGGAUCCGGGGUAGAGGGCGGCUGCGCUGGACAGCCCGGGACGGGGCGAGGACCAGGGCCCCGCGGCCCCGCGGCCGAGGCAGCCAGGGAGGUGCCCAGCUCGGCGCCCCGCGCAGCGCCCUCCGCCCGCCCCCCGCAGCUAGCCUGCGGGGGCGGCUGGGCGGGGGCCGGGGGAGGCCCCAACCGGGACCGGCCGGGCAGCAUGUCUUGGUUUAGUGGUGUCCUGGUGCCAAAGGUAGAUGAGCGGAAGAUGGCCUGGGGUGAACGAAAUGGACAAAAGCGCCCUCACCGAAGAGCCAGGGGCAGUGGUUUUUGUGGUGCCCACUACAUGAGCUGCCUCCAGGAUGCUGAGCCACCAAGCCCCAGUCCUCCGGCCCCUUCACGAUGUCCCUGGCAGGAUGAUGCCUAUUCCCGAAAGGGGGGCCAAGUUGGAGGGAAGGAACUAGGGCUGAGGUCCGUUGCUCUGGGCUUUGAGGACAGUGAGGCAGCAGCACCCAGUGGGAUGCCUGGGAGUACGAGUUCUUGUUGGCAGCACCUGGCAAGGGUGUUUCAGUCAAAGCAGUUUCGAUCGGCCAAGCUGGAACGGCUAUACCAACGCUAUUUCUUCCAAAUGAACCAGAGCAGCUUGACCCUGCUGAUGGGGGUGCUGGUGCUAUUGACCGCUGUGCUUCUGGCCUUCCAUGCAGCCCCUGCUCACCCUCACCCUGCCUACGUGGCACUCCUGACUGGGGCUGCUGCUCUCUUUGUGGCACUCAUGGUGGUGUGUAACCGCCCAGGCUUUCACCAGGAUUCCAUGUGGGUGGUGAGCUAUGUGGUGCUGGCCAUUCUGGCUGCUGUGCAGGUGGGCAUGGCUUUAGUGGCUGCCCCUCGAAGUGCCUCAGCUGGGCUGUGGUGCCCAGUGUUCUUUGUUUACAUCACCUAUACCCUAUUACCUGUCCGAAUGAGAGCAGCCGUGUUGAGUGGCCUGGGCCUCUCCGCUCUCCACCUGCUUGUUGCCUGGCAGCUCAACAGAGGUGACACUUUCCUCUGGAAGCAGCUCAGUGCCAACGUGCUCCUGUUCCUUUGUACCAAUAUCAUUGGCAUAUGCACCCACUACCCAGCUGAAGUGUCCCAGCGUCAGGCCUUUCAGGAGACUCGAGGCUACAUCCAGGCCCGGCUACACCUUCAGCAUGAGAACCGGCAACAGGAGCGACUGCUGCUCUCAGUCUUGCCCCAACACGUUGCCUUGGAGAUGAAGGAGGACAUAAACACCAAGAAAGAGGACAUGAUGUUUCAUAAGAUCUAUAUCCAGAAGCAUGACAAUGUCAGCAUCCUGUUUGCUGACAUCGAGGGCUUCACCAGCCUGGCCUCCCAGUGUACUGCACAGGAACUGGUCAUGACCCUUAACGAGCUCUUCGCCCGAUUUGAUAAGCUGGCUGCGGAAAAUCACUGCCUACGGAUCAAGAUCUUGGGGGACUGUUACUAUUGUGUCUCUGGAUUACCAGAGGCCCGGGCUGACCAUGCCCACUGCUGUGUGGAGAUGGGUGUGGACAUGAUCGAGGCUAUCUCGUUGGUGCGUGAGGUCACGGGUGUGAACGUGAAUAUGCGUGUGGGUAUCCACAGUGGGCGAGUACACUGUGGUGUUCUAGGCCUUCGAAAAUGGCAGUUUGAUGUCUGGUCCAAUGAUGUUACCUUGGCCAAUCACAUGGAGGCUGGGGGCCGGGCAGGCCGGAUCCAUAUCACCAGGGCCACUCUGCAAUAUCUAAAUGGCGACUACGAAGUAGAGCCUGGCAGGGGUGGUGAGCGGAAUGCCUAUCUCAAAGAGCAGCACAUUGAGACCUUCCUGAUUCUGGGGGCCAGCCAAAAACGGAAGGAGGAAAAGGCCAUGUUGGCCAAGCUGCAAAGGACUCGGGCCAAUUCCAAUGAAGGGCUAAUGCCACGCUGGGUGCCAGAUCGUUCUUUUUCUCGAACCAAGGACUCCAAAGCUUUCCGCCAGAUGGGCAUCGAUGAUUCAAGUAAAGACAACCGUGGUGCCCAGGAAGCCCUGAACCCUGAGGAUGAAGUAGAUGAAUUCUUGGGUCGUGCCAUUGAUGCCCGAAGUAUUGAUCAAUUGCGCAAAGACCAUGUGCGUCGAUUCCUUCUCACCUUCCAGACCCCAGAACUUGAAAAGAAGUAUUCCCGGAAGGUGGAUGCCCGCUUUGGGAGUUAUGUGGCCUGCACGCUGCUGGUCUUCUGCUUCGUCUGCUUCAUCCAGCUUCUUGUCGUCCCACAUUCAGUACUGAUGCUUGGAGUCUACAUCAGCAUAUUCCUACUGCUGACAGUCACAGUCCUAGUCUGUGCAGUCUAUUCCUGUGGCACUCUAUUCCCAAAGUGCCUGCAGCAACUCUCCCGUAGCAUCGUCCGUUCACGGGCUCACAGCACAGCAGUUGGCAUCUUUUCUGUCUUACUUGUCUUCAUCGCUGCCACCGCCAACAUGUUUACCUGUAACCAUACUUCCAUACGGAUCUGUGCGGCUCGAAUGCUGAACCUGACACCUGCAGACAUCACUGCCUGUCACCUGCAGCAACUCAACUACUCCCUUGGCUCAGAUGCCCCUCUCUGUGAAGGCGCUACACCCACCUGCAGCUUUCCUGAGUACUUCAAUGGGAGCCUGCUGCUGAGUCUCCUGGCUGGUUCUGUCUUCCUGCAUAUAAGCAGCAUUGGGAAGCUGGUAUUGACACUUGUCCUGGGGCUGCUAUAUCUGGCGUUGCUUCUACUGGGGCCCCCAGCUGCCAUCUUUGACAACUAUGACCUGCUGCUUCGUGCUCAUGCACUGUCCCAUGUCAACGGAACCCUAUACGAGCAAGACUGCCCUGCAGGUGAGAAGGUGGCACUGAAGUAUAUGACACCUGUCAUCCUGUUACUGUUUGCGCUCGCACUCUACUUGCAUGCUCAGCAGGUGGAGUCAACUGCUCGACUGGAUUUUCUGUGGAAACUGCAGGCAACAGGGGAAAAAGAGGAUAUGGAAAAACUCCAGGCCUAUAACCGACGGUUACUACACAACAUCCUACCCAAAGAUGUGGCAGCACACUUCCUAGCCCGGGAACGGCGCAAUGAUGAACUUUACUAUCAAUCUUGUGAGUGUGUGGCUGUCAUGUUUGCCUCCAUUGCAAACUUCUCCGAGUUCUAUGUAGAGCUGGAAGCCAACAAUGAGGGUGUUGAGUGCCUGCGCCUGCUCAAUGAGAUCAUUGCUGACUUUGAUGAGAUCAUCAGUGAAGAACAGUUCAGGCAGCUGGAAAAGAUUAAAACAAUUGGCAGUACCUAUAUGGCAGCCUCAGGACUGAAUGCUGCCACAUAUGAUCGGGUGGGGCGUUCCCAUAUCACUGCACUUGCUGACUAUGCCAUGCGGCUAAUGGAGCAGAUGAAGCACAUUAAUGAACACUCCUUCAAUAACUUCCAGAUGAAAAUUGGGCUCAACAUCGGCCCAGUAGUGGCAGGUGUCAUUGGGGCACGAAAGCCACAGUAUGAUAUUUGGGGGAAUACAGUAAACGUGUCGAGUCGUAUGGACAGUACAGGGAUCCCCGACCGAAUCCAGGUGACCACUGACCUGUACCAGGUUCUAGCUGCCAAAGGCUACCAGCUGGAGUGUCGAGGGGUGGUCAAGGUGAAGGGUAAGGGAGAGAUGACCACCUACUUCCUCAAUGGUGGCCCCAGCAGUUAGCAGGACCCAGCAGAGGUAUCCGCUGAAAGGAUGAAGCUGGGCAUUAUUACGUGGGCUCUGCUCUCACUGGGUGGAGCCACGGAACAGAUGCCCUAGGGCUCCAGACUCACAAACCACGAAAGGGAAAAAGCCAGCAUGUUGGUGCUCAGGCUGUGCCUGGAUUGUGCCUGUUCCGCCCUUGAACUGGUGAAUGAGGGAGCAAAAAAGAGAAUUUUGCAAGUGACUUUAUUUUCAUAUCUGUGACUAGAACUGCUUGCUCCCUUUUCCCUUCUUCUACAGCCUUGAGGGGCAGGGGGAGGAGGAGGAGAACAAGGUCACAGAAAGGAAGAGCCUUCCCCACCUCUUUAGAGUUGGGAUGGCUAUUAAACCAUCCCUGCACCCUCCUGUCUCUCCUGGUUAUAGGACUCAGAAUUGGAAGGGACCUCACAGGUCAUCGAAUCCAAUCCAUGCCUAAAAAAAGAUUCCCCUCUAAAAACACUGAGUCGUCGUCAUUCUUCCUUUGUAGGAAGUCUUUAAGUAAUGGGAAACUCACUACCUCCCAAGAACUGCCCAUUCCCCUUUUGGAUAGCUCAAAUUGUUAGGAAGUUUUUUUCCUUAGAGCCAGAAUUUGCUCCACAAUUUGCUUGUUUCCAGAAUUUGCUUGUAGUUCUGCCCUGUGGAGACGAGCAAGUGAAGUGGAAUCCCUUUCCCCUUGACAACCUUUCAAAUAUUUGAUGAUAAUUGUGUUCCUUUGAAGCCUGCUCUUUUCCAUGCUAAACAUCCCUAAUGACUUUAAGUGAACCUCCUACGGCAAGGUUUCCUGGCCUCUCCUGGUAACCUUGCUCUGGAUGUGCUUCAGUUUGUCGAUGUCCUUUCUUAAUUGGGCUGCCCAGAACCAAACACUGUCUUCUAGGUUUGGUCUGAUCAGAGUAGAGUGCGGCCAAGUAGAACCUCCCUUGAGCUGGACCCUAUUCUGGUAUUAUUGCAGUCUUAAGAUUGAAUGUUGACAUGUUGACUUUGCAGUCCGUUAAAACUCUGAGACCUUUUUCACAUAAGCUAUUGUUUAGCCCCACCUCCCCCAGCUAGUACUUGACCUUUUUUUUAAAAACUAAGUUUAAGUCUUUACAUUUAUCUGUAUUAAAUUUCCUCCUACUAUUUUCAGGACAUUGUUAUUUGCCCAAGCCUAUUGAGAUCUUUUUGGAUCCUGGCUUUGUUAUCCAGCAAGUUAGGUAUCCCUCCAAACACUGUGUCAUCUACAGCUUUGAUAAAUGUUCUGUCUAUACUUUCACCCAAGGCUUUUGGUAAAAAUGUUAAACAAGACAGGACCAAAGAUAAAGACUUCCAGCUGCCAAGUUGACACUGAUCUGUUAAUUAUCAUUUUUGGGGGAGUCUUUUAUCCAACUAGCUCCAAAUACAUCCAACUGUACUAUCA